AUGUCUUCAUCACAGCAAUCGCCACUCUCUACAAAGCCAAAAGUCGAUCCGAAUGGAAAGUAUUAUGAAUUGUUGGGAAUUGAGAAUUGGAAGGAUGCAACCACGGAUAUCAUACAAAAGGCUUUUCGUAAGAAAGCUUCUCAAUACCAUCCCGAUCGAGUUUCCGAUGAAAAUAAGAAGAAAGAAUAUGAACAUUUGUUUUCUAAAAUAACGGAAGCAAAUACCAUCUUGAAAGAUCCCGAAUUAAAGUCAAAGUAUGAUUUAAUUUUGAAACAGGCUGAGUAUAAAGAACAACAACAGAAAGAGAUGGACGCCAAAACCAAGGAUUUGAGAGAAUCAUUGGAGUUGCGUGAAAAAUUGGCACAACAAAACAAGUUGAAGAAGGAAAAAUCGGAUCAAGUAUUGCUUAACAAGGAGAUGGCGAAUAGAAUUAAAGAAAGCGGAGGAUAUGACAUUUUGCAUCAAGUUCAAGAAAAGAGACGAGAACGAGAGCAAAAACAAAAAAACAAAAGUGUCAUCUCUAAUUCUUGUCAAGUAAUUGUAAAAUGGAAGAAAACUCAGGAAGUGACAGAGAAUUCUUUGAAAGUAUUGUUCAGUCGUCUCUUUGGUCCUAUUGACAUUAUGAUAUUUAAAGAAUCAAAACGAAGAUGCGUAAUUUCAUUUGAGAGCCCAGCAAGUGCCCAGAAGGCAGCAAAUUAUGAUUGGAAAGAACUCACACAAUAUAAAUUUAAGGUCAAGGUGGCAGGCUCUGAUGACAGUGAAACUAAGAAACGAGAAUUUAGCACCUCUACCACAUCCAGCAUCAAUGACGACGCAACAGAGGAGAACCAAAAUUACGAUUUGAACUUGAGACUCAUGCGUUUGGCUGCAAAGAAGCAAAAAACGAGCUGA